AUGUCCGGCACCGGUGCUCGUGAAAAUAUCUUCGCAACGCGAAUGGCUCUCACAAAUACAAAACUGCGACUCAAGGGUGCACAGACGGGUCACUCUCUUCUUGCCAAGAAACGAGACGCUCUCACGACGAGGUUCCGAGCUAUCCUCAGAAAGGUGGACGAGGCAAAGCGAAAGAUGGGCAGAGUCAUGCAGUUGGCCUCAUUCUCAAUGGCAGAGGUCACCUAUGCGACAGGAGACAUAUCGUAUCUCGUGCAGGAGCAAGCCAAGUCGGCGUCGUUCAGGGUGAAAGCAAAGCAAGAGAACGUAUCUGGUGUUGUCCUUCCUGCAUUUGAGGUUGAUCGUGUCGCUGGUUCUGAUUUUAAUCUCACGGGAUUGGGACGGGGCGGUCAGCAAGUCCUGCGCGCAAAGGAAGUGUAUGCCAAGGCAAUCGAGACCCUCGUCGAGUUGGCGUCACUGCAGACGGCGUUCACCAUCCUCGACGAAGUCAUUCGAGCGACGAAUCGACGAGUCAAUGCCAUCGAGCACGUUGUCAUUCCCCGACUGGAAAAUACCAUCAAGUACAUUUUGAGUGAGCUGGAUGAGAUGGACCGUGAGGAGUUCUUUAGGCUGAAGAAAGUACAGGGGAAGAAAAAGCGAAAAAAUGCACCUCCAGAGCAACCUUUUGAGUUUGAAGAGCCUCCAUUAAACCCCCAGGAAGAUCAGGAAUCCACCGAUCUGCUGAGUAGCAAAGACAGCGAUGUUAUCUUUUAAUCAACUUGGAUACGGCGAUGAAUGGACUAGUAUAUACAUAGGCAUGGUUUGUAUUUGUUCCUUCACUAUUUAAUUCUCCCUCGUAGUAAUGAAUACCCUUCGUAAUUCAGCCCAACAAGAUGACAAAAAUACUUGUCUAGUCUAUCGUCGCCGGUUUCUUGAAAGCCAGCUUCAAAAGAUAUUUGUGCAAAGGUGUCAACUUAACAGACUUGUCGUGCUCGAUAAUCAUUUGAACUUGCAAAUCGUCCAUCUUCACCAUUUUCAAAAAGUCCUCGUCGCUCCUGAUCCCAAGAAGAACGGCUGCCGGGAUGAGUUCUUCAAUGCCCAAUGUCUUGAAAUGCACACGGAGCAUGAUUGACAUAG